AUGCGAUUUUCUAGGUGGAAAGGGGUUGUGGAAGAGAUAAAAUGGUUGCAUAGAGGAUGGGCUGGAGGAGUCGUCGGUGCUAAGGUGGUAGCAGGCUUUAACCCACCUCAACAAAACCUUCAAUCUUCAAGACAUACUCACAUACUUGAUUGGGCUUCUCCAGUUGUAGAUGACUCGAGUAUGGGUGUAAAGACAGAGAAUAGAACCCAAUCUGUCACAUCCUAUUGGUUGUUUUCAGUUAGGGACAAAGGCUUGUGCUUAGGACGAAGUCAUGAAGAAGAAAAUAUUUUCAAUUUUGAAGCAAAGUUUGGUGUUGAGCCUUCAGGGUGUGUCAAUCUAGCAAAACAUGUUAGCAUAAAUUGUCCCAACCUUGAAUUUUGUGGUUUAAUGACGAUUGGGAUGUUAGAUUAUACGUCAACACCUAAGAACUUCAAGACUUUAGUGAACUGUAGAAGUGAGGUUUGCAAGAAUCUUGGUAUAGAAGAAGAGCAAUGCGAGCUAUCUAUGGGCAUAUCUGGCGACUUUGAACAGAUCGAGAUGGGCAGCUCAAUUGUGAGAAUUGGAUCCACCAUAUUUGGACCAAGAUAG